UAAAAAUCAAUGAAAACAGAGAGAACGUCACCCGUUGCCAUUUUCUCUGCAAUCUCAUCUUUUCCGUCUCUCCCAAUCCUUUCUCUCUUCUAUCAUCUAUCCCCAUCUCCACCGUCCAUUGCGUUGAUUUUCCUCUGAUUUCGCCACAAAGUCAAACUCUUAACUACACCUUAUCAAAGCAAAUGAAGCAAAAACCCAGGUUACGGACCCCGUUCAGUGCAAACUGAGACACUUAUCAUAAGCUGCAACCACAGGAUCCCCCCUUCUCUUAACUCCGUUCUUUGAUCCUUAUAGACUAUUGCCAUUGAAGAACAAAAAGACGAGUCUUUUCAUUUUUGGGUUUUAUUAUUUUCGUCUUGGCAAAUAAGAAAGUUUGAACAUUGAGAAGGGAAGGACGAAGAAACAAAAAGGAAACCCUAAAGCGUUAUGAUCAGAUUAUGUUAUCGGCUGUAUGACUAAGAAGCGGCAUGAUCAACACAGCUAACGGCAUGAUUUCGACAUCUUCUUCAUCGGCGAACGCUCAGUCGCCGGGUUUGAAGACUUAUUUUAAAACCCCAGAAGGUCGAUAUAAGCUUCACUAUGAAAAGACUCACCCUUCUAGCCUUCUUCACUACGCUCAUGGAAAGACUGUUACUCAGGUUACCCUCGCACAUCUAAAGGAAAAGCCAGCUCCGUCGACUCCAACAGCUUCAUCGUCCAGCUUCAGUGCUAGCGCCGGGGUAAAAUCAGCAGCAACAAGGUGGCUAGGCUCUGGGAAUGGCGGCCGUGCGCUUAGCUUUGUUGGAGGGAAUGGUGGGAGUAAAAAUAUUAGUAGUACUAGUAGGAUUGGUGGGCCGUUGGGUGCUUCAAGUUCAAGCAAUUCUUUGACUAAUACAAAUUUUGAUGGGAAAGGAACUUAUUUAAUUUCUAAUGUUGGUGAUGCUAUUUUUAUAAGUGAUUUGAAUUCUCAGGAUAAGGAACCGAUAAAGUCUAUCCAUUUCAGCAAUUCAAACCCUGUUUGCCAUGCAUUUGAUCAGGAUGCCAAAGAGGGGCAUGAUUUGCUCAUUGGGUUGAGCUCUGGGGAUGUUUACUCGGUGUCACUUAGACAGCAGUUACAGGAUGUUGGAAAGAAGCUUGUUGGGGCACUGCAUUACAAUAAAGAUGGUUCUGUCAAUAGCAGCAGUCGCUGUACUAGUAUCACAUGGGUUCCUGGGGGUGAUGGUGCUUUUGUUGUUGCUCAUGCUGAUGGAAAUAUGUAUGUAUAUGAAAAGAACAAGGAUGCUGCUGGUGAUACUACAUUUUCUGUUAUAAAAGACCAAACCCAAUUUUCUGUAUCGCAUGCACGUUACAGUAAGAGUAAUCCAAUUGCUAGAUGGCAUGUUUGUCAAGGGUCAAUUAAUAGCGUUGCUUUCUCCUUUGAUGGGGCCUACUUGGCUACUGUUGGAAGAGAUGGCUAUCUGCGAGUGUUUGAUUAUUCGAAAGAACAGCUCGUAUGUGGAGGAAAAAGUUAUUAUGGUGCUGUACUAUGUUGUGCUUGGAGCAUGGAUGGGAAAUAUAUUCUGACCGGAGGUGAAGAUGACUUGGUUCAAGUUUGGAGUAUGGAAGAUCGGAAGGUUGUUGCAUGGGGUGAGGGGCACAACUCGUGGGUCAGUGGAGUGGCGUUUGAUUCAUAUUGGUCAGCACCUAAUACUGAUGGCACAGUAGAGAAUGUGAUGUACCGUUUUGGUUCAGUUGGCCAGGACACACAGUUGUUAUUGUGGGACCUGGAAAUGGAUGAAAUUGUGGUGCCACUGCGUCGAUGCACUGGAGGGUCCCCUACUUACAGCACAGGGAGCCAGUCUUCCCAUUGGGACAAUGCAUCCCCCGUGGGUACCUUGCAACCAGCCUCAAGCAUUCGAGAUGUCCCAAAAAUUUCACCACUGGUUGCUCAUCGUGUUCACAACGAACCCCUCUCAGACUUGAUUUUUACCCAGGACUCUGUACUUACAGUUUGUCAAGAGGGGCACAUAAAAAUCUGGAUGAGACCGGGUGCUGCGGAAAGCCAAUCAAGCAACACUGAAACAUUGUUAAGUACCAGCUCCAAGGAUAAGCCAUUGCUUUCCAGCAAGAUUGGCGGUUCUAGCUACAAGCAAUGAUCAGAUUAUCAUUAAAGAUUCAAGGCAAAACAAAAGGCCAUUUUUUUUCUGUCGAAGUUGCAUUUCUAUUUGCUAGCGUGGGCCGUUCAUCUCUCUUUAACCUGUUGGUUUUUGCAAGUACAACUGUUUGAACCGAAUUGAAUUGCGAUGAGAUGGAGCACCUGAAUCCAUUGUAUAUUCAAGGACAAAAAUUGCCAUUGACAGCACAAAGAGGUGUGGGAGGAGGAAAGAACCUCCAUUAUAAAAGUACAAACGGCUAUUCCUAGAAUAUUUGACAGACAGGAAUAACAUGAAGUUGCUCCUCUAAGUUUAGUAUUCUUAAGAGGUAAAUUUGAGUUAUUAUUUAUUAUUGGUGAAGCAUCAUCGCCGUUAAGAU